UGGCAAGCAAUAAAGAUUGUGGAAUAGAAGAGGACUGAUAAAUUGAUAACGGAGACAGAUGGCCCUGAGAAGCAUUCUGUAUCUGAAGGCAGCACCAUGUAGAAAUGUCUUUUGCUAUUGGUAAGGCUGGAGCUGCUAAACAGCUGUUUGCCCUGCUGUCACAGAACUGUGAACCCUGGCAACUCGGAAGUCAUUCUGCCAGUUCCAGCUUUCCCUGCUGUCUGCCAUGAUUCUCUUGCUGAACAAGGUGGGCAGUGUAGGGGUUCAUGAUCCUCCCUGUCAGCAAACUGCAGGGAAGCCAUGCUCAUUAUUGCUGAGGCUUAUCAUACCUGAAGUCUGUCACCAAGGAGAAAUAUGGGGGCUCUGCUACUGAUGUGGAGGAUUGUGAUAGGUUGAACAGUGGCCACUAAAGAUGUCUAUGUCUUAAUCCCUGGAAUCUGUGAAUAUAUUACCUUAUACAGCAAGAGAGAUUUUGUAGAUGAGAUUAAGGUAAUGAGCCUUGAAAUGGGAGAGUAUUCUGUAUUAUCCAGAUGACCUAGUAUAAUCUUAUGAGUCUUAAAAGCAGAGAACCUCUAUGUCUUGAUCAAAGAGAGAGAUGCUAGUUGUGAUGUUGCUGAUUUUAAGAUGCAGGAGAGGUCUGUGAGAGAAGGAAUGUGAGUGUCUUUAGAGGAAUAGAGAAAAACCUUUGGCCAAUAGCCAGCAAGGAAACAGAGAUCUUGGUCCCAAACCUGCAAGAAACUUAAUUCUGCCAACAUCCCAGAUGAACAAAGAAACAUCUUAGAGCCUCCAGAAAGGAAUGAAGCUCUGUGGAAACCUUGAUUUUGGCCCUAUGAUACCCCACAUUAGACUUGGUACACAGAACUAUAAGAUAGCAAAUGUGUUGUCUGAGCUGCUAAAUUUGUUCUUAAAGUCCUAGAGAAUAAAGAAGCCUAGAGCUGCUAUGGAAUGCAACUGGGAAAGUUGGCAUGAGUAUGGUUGUCUUAGAAUUCUUUCAGGUCUGGGAAAUAUGACCUGGACUUCAAAUCUCCUGAUGACCCCAGGCAGGUACAAAAUCAGAGCCACUGGUGCACUUGAACAAAUCCUUCAUCAUGGAAAACCUAAGUGUCUAUUAAAGAUUCCUUUGAUUAUGAUGAUUGGGAAGCAGGAAAGAAGUUUUAUUACAAAUGAAUGCCCCAGGAUUUAGGGAAUAAACUCACUGUGGCUAAGUCAAGGCAGAUCGCUAUGGCUAUAGAUGAGAAUAUCAGACCUAUUAGAUUCUCUAAGGAUGAGGUUUAGGUUUGUGGGAAGACAAAAAACAAACAAACAAAAACAGUGGUAGCCUUCUAGAGGCUCAUGUAAUGUAGUUAGCCAUAGGUAGGCAAAGGAGUAAAAGAACCUAGGAGGGAAUUGUGGGUCAGAUUAAUAGGAUACUGUGAACAGGAAGUUUAUAGGAUAUAUGGGAUUUCUACCGGUGGAGAUGGGGUCCCCAGAAAAAGCCACAGCCAGGUGAACCCUGAGGGCUUUUUAUUUGAAAUUGAUCAAAACAGAAUGUUGAGAGACAGUAUAACAGUAACUAAUAUAGAUCAACCUAGAUUUAAUCGUUGUUAACAAUUUGCAUCAUUUGUCUUUUCUUUGUAUGUUCUUUUUUUGUUUCAAAGUCUUGAAAAUAAAUUGCUAAAAUCAUGGCAUUUCACCUGAGUAUUUCAGCACGUGGCUCUAAAAAUAAGGACACUUGUUUGUGUAAGUACAAUGGUACUAAAACAGUUGGAAAACAAUAAUUCUAUAAUAUCUAAUAUCCAGUCCAUUCUCAGAUUUUCCCACUUGUUUCUGUAGUAGUCAAGGUGUACACAUUUAUUUUUCGUUUUGUCUCCCUUAUCUCUUUGUUUAAAUUGGUUUCCUUACCUUUUGUCCCCCUCUGCAACAUUUCCUAAAAAUAUUUUUUCAGUUGUAGAUGGACACAAUGCCUUUAUUUUAUUUAUUUAUAUGUGGAGCUGAGGAUUGAACCCUGUGACUCACACAUGCUAGGUGAGCACUCCACUGCUGAGCCACAACUCCAGUCCCCUCCAAAACAUUCUUUAAUGAGAAUUUUCAUGGAGACGAACAGAAUCAAUUGAUUAUAAAAAAAUAAUAUAGUGAUAUCCUUUGUAUACUUUGUCAGUGUCUCCCAAUAACACUUUGUGAAACUAUAGUAUUAAUGUCACAGCCAGGAUGUUGAAAUCCAUCUUAUUUGGAUUUUCUCAGUUUUAAUUUCUAUAGAGUUGUACCUUUUGUGUAAAUCUGUGUAUUGGCCAUCACGGACAAAAUAUAGAACAAUUCCACAAAUUCCUUCAUGUUGUUAUUUUUAACCAUGCCCAUCUCACUUCUGCAGUAUACCCCUGUACCCCUGACUCUAACCCCUGGCAACCAUUAAUCUGUCUUCUGUUUUGAAAAUUUUGUCAUUUCAAUAAUAUUAUCAAUUUAAUCAUACAGUAUAUUAUCUUUUGAGAUUGCCUUUUUUUCUGCCCUGCAUAAUUCCCUGUCAAUUUCCUCCCAGUGUGUGUAUCAAUGGUUCAUUGCUGACCAGUAUUACAAGGUAUUUUGUACUGCACUGUUUACCUGUGAGAGGACAUCUAAGCUGAUUCUGGUUUUGGCUAUUACAAAUAAAACUUAUAAGUGUUUGUAUAUAGAUUUUUGUGUGAAUAUUAGUUUUCAUUUCUCUGGGAUAAAUACCCAGGAGUGUAACUGAUGGGUUGUAUGGUAGUUACAUGUGUAAGUUUUUAAAAGUUUUCUAGAGUGGCUGUUUGUAUGCUACACAUUGCCAUGAAUUUUUUUUUUUAACAGUCCAAGCCACUUUUGUUUUAGAGUGUCUCACAUUUUGGAUUGUCUGACUUUUCCCCUAUAAUGUCAUUUAAUUUUUUUUUUUUCAAACAGAAGUUUCAGUAGACUGGAGCUUAGGUCUAGAAGUUUGAUUACCUUUAGGUUAGAUAUUUUAUUUUUUUUAAAGAAACAAGAUUACUUCAUCUAUGCAAUAGUCUUGAGUGUGAGGGUCCCAAAUUACGUUUUUUAAAAAGAAAAAGUUGAGUUCAGAUAAUAGGAUUCAAAUUUUUUUUUAAAAAAAGUCGGAAUUUUCAUGGUUGUUUGCAUGAAACAACCAUGAAAUGGUUGUGAUGGCAAAAUCGGACCUGGUUGUGAAAUGAAAUUAUGUUAUAGUAAGAAACCAAUGCCUAUGGAAGGGGUCAGUUACCCUUCCCCUCUCAGCCUUUCUCCUGGAAGUUUCCCCUACCUUUUGGAUUGUAGAUAACUUCCCCUGGGAGUCUAACAACUUACUUUAACCUGUAAAUGCACCUGUGGAGGCUCAGGGCCCAAGCCUAGAGAUUUAUCAAAGGCCUUGUAAGAGGAGCCAGUUCUUCCCCUUAUCACACUGAGCUUCUGUAAACAUAUUUCCUGCUAGAAACCCCAUUGACAAUCUGGACUAGAUAAUUUAUGACACAAUAUAGCCUAUAAAUGUUGUGAGAAACUGUAGAUGGGAGCUCAGAUUUUGGAGUUUUGUUUUCCUCUCAGCCCACAGGUAUAAAAUAGUUUGGAAUUCUCCUCUCCAAAUACCAAUUGCUGCUUCUCGACCAGCUUGUUUCCUAAAAACACUACAAGUGGGUUUGGAACCAUACUAGAGGUUCAGAGGGAAGAGCAAUAUAUAAAGUAUUAAUGUGUCUUUUGUAACAAGUAAAGUUAUCCAAGUAGGCUGUUGGAGCACAGGAGAUAGUGCAGAGGAAGUGAUGACUGAUAUUUUAAAUCUCCUAGAAGGAAAAGGUGCAGGGAGAAGAGGGUUCACCAGGGUUGCUUAUUGGGGCAGACAGAACUGGGGCGGAUGACAGCUCUGAGCAGCUUGCUGCCAACCGCAUGCUCCGAUUUCCUCCUAAAGGAGACAGAAAUGGCCCCGGCUAGUGCUUGCUGCGUUUAGGCUCACUAAACUUGCCUGCCUGCAAAGCCCGGCCCUGGCAGCAUCCAGGCAAGAACCAUCAGGGCCCGCGUGGCUGCACGUGCGAGAAGCAAAGCGCGCGAAAGGCUGCGCGAGCUCGUUCGAUUGCGCGGGCGCAGUAGCAGGCUGUCGGUUAGGCAGGCACAGGCAGGCCCCUGCGGAGCAUGGCGGAAUGGCGCAGCCACAGGACACCCCGAAGAUUCCCGCCUCGCUCCCUGCUGAUACCCGCAGCGGGACCCUUAAACUUCCCACCGCAGCCGAUAACCGCAGCGGGCGGGUCCAUUCCCUGUUCACAGACCCAGUACUUAAGAGGAGUACCCUGGCCAUCCCGGAAGCCAUACACCUGAGGACGUCGGAUGGGAAGCCGGUGGAGUUGAGAGGAUCAGAGACCACUUACUUCCGCAGUGCCCAGGAGGCUGAGAGGUCGUCCGGGGUAACGGACAAGGAGAAGGAGACCACCGGGCAUAGGCUGCUGAACAUGUUGAGAAAAACUCUUCAAGGGUCUGAGAGUGAAGAACUGGAAAUAGCACCAUCUGAGCUACCAUCUUUGGUGCCAUUUGGGGAUGUGGUUGGCUGCCUGGCUGUUCAUGUAAAGAACUGCAGAAAUUUUGCACAGAGGAUCACUUCACAACCUUUCAUCGAUUUGUUCAUUCGCAUCUCUGUAAACAACAUUAUGAAAUCUACAAAGCGUCAUAUCUUACUGCUUAGAAGUAGUGAAAAGAGCACUGCAGUUCGGUUUGAUGAAAUUAAGUAUUUUUCCGUGCAGGUUCCCCGACGUCAAGAUGAUACACGGAAUAAUAUUUCCUUGGAACUAAUGCAACAUAGCAAGACAGAAGUUUAUCCUGUCUUAUUAGGGAAUGCUGAGGUACAUCUUUAUGAAGUAAUUCAGAAAGGGUGCUUUACUGAAGAAUUACAGUUAUUGAAUAAAAAUACAUUUAUCUGCAGGUUGGAGGUGGAAUUUAUGUUCUCCUAUGGAAAUUUUGGUUAUGGAUUUUCACAUCAGUUAAAACCUCUUCAAAAAAUUGUUGAACCAUCUAUGUUUAUGAAUAUUGCACCACCUCCAGAAAGAACAGAUCCCCUAACAAAUGUUAUUACACCACGACCAGUAGAAUAUCCAGCAUUUUUAUCCCCAGACCUGAAUGUUACUGUUGGGACUCCAACUACUUCGAAGGAGACAAACCAGACACCUGUUGUGCGGCUUGAAAAACUUGAGCAACAACCCCGGGAAAGGCUGGAAAAAAUGAAAAAAGAAUAUAGAAAUCUGGGUACAUGGAAAGAAAAAGUUGACUAUUUAGAAAACAUUCUGAACCCAAAAUUGGAACCUAAAGAAUCUUCGGAAAGUAAUUUAGAUGAAGACCUUGAAAGUGAGAGUAAUGAUUUAGAUGAAGAGAAGCCUGAAAAUAUCACAACAUUAUAUAUCCCUGUUAAAGACAAUGAACCUGAAAUUACUCCAAGUGAGUUGCUGGGUGAUGAUAAUAAAAAAGGCGUACCUACAUCAACUUCAAGCCUAUUGGACCAAGAUUAUUCAAUUCUUGCUACUCCUGAGAGUGUUAUGUCAACACCUCUACCCUCAGACUCUCUACUGCCCUCUAUUCCUAGGCAGGAAAAAACCCUACUGGACAAAAUACCAUUUUUCAGUGAAGGCCAAUCAGAAGUCACGCCAGAGGAAAGGAGAAGUAUACCAUUUCUAUCAGAUGCAAAAUCAGAUGACACACAUCGAAGCAUUUUGAAAGCAAUUUCAGCUCUAUCAGAGACUAGCCCCCAAAAAAGUUCAAAUCUUCCUGCUUUUGUAGAUAUGGACAUGAAAGAUAAAGGCAUUGGAUAUAAAAAUUCAAAUAGAAAAGGAAAAACAGUGGCUUUUUCAUCAAAAGAAUACUUUCCAUCACAUUUCAGACCAGAAUAUAUAGAAUUGAAACCAAAAUAUCAGAAAUUCAACAAAGGCGGUUUUGAUCCUUUUCUAAGGAACAUAAACAAGAUGUCGGUCAGGAAAAGGAAAGACCAAGAUAUAUACCAGUUUAGAAAUGUUUUAAGUCAGGAGGUUAUAGAGCAUGAAGACCAAGAUCCUCCUUACCCAACACGUUCAAAACCUGGAGGAUAUAGCAGUGUAUCCUGGGCCCAUGAUCCUGAUACCAUCCCAAAAAAGAAUAAGUCAGCUUAUGAUCCUACUAUCAAUGCAAUGAAAACUUUGGACCCUAAGAGUAAGCCAGCCCAUGAUCCUGCUAUCAAUACAAUGAAGACUUUAGACCCUAAUAAUAAGUUAAAAGAAAAACUACCAAGUUUAACUUUACCAAGCUUAAGAGAACCACCAAUGACUGGAAACAUAAAUACCUUUUGCCUCUCAAAGUCAUUAAAUUUUACCCCUCAUAUAGAAAAUUUAAAACAAUCAAUAGUGCUCAAGUCAAUUUUAAGUAAAAAUCUGCAAGAUCUUUCAGAUAAGUUAUUUUCUAAACCAGAAGUUUGUCUGAACACUGAAGCAAUGAAGAAAAGUAGUUCCUCACAUCUAUGCAUUCAGGACAAACCAGUCAGUGAUUUGGAAAUAAAAGCAUUGGAACCAAUUCAAGAUUUAAACUGCCAGCUUUCAGAAAAAGACAUUUCAAAGUCAAAGUCUCUUUUAAAUCAAGUAAUUAAAAACAUCACCUCAGAUUUACUUUCAGAAGGUAAACCAGGAAAAUCUCCAGAUGUAGAAGAUGUUGUCUCGGAGGCUGAUGGAAUAGAUUUUUCAAUGAAAAAAAAGAGUUGUUUCAAAAAGAAACAUAUAACAAGUGAAGUGUCUAGCCCUAUGCUGGGUUUCAGUGGAAGUAUACACGACUAUAUUAUAAAGCAAAUAUUCACUGCACCUAUCUUUUCACUGUUGGAAAAAAGCAUGAAAGAACUGAGUGAGACACAGAUGAACCUGCAGGAUCAGUUAUUCAAAUCUUGGGAGACAAAAUUGUCUUCCAAUAUUCUAGUUAACUAUGGAGAUAAGGAUGAUGAAAUAAAAUUGCCACAGCCCAAAUCUGUGAUAAGCGAGAUAAUACAAGCAUUUCCUAUAGAUACACUUUUAGAAUCUGGGAUAAUCAAAGUGAUGGAACUAGAUAAAGAACAACAGAUGGGUGCUUUGGUAGAUACAGAGAAAUCCUCUUCUGAAGAAACCCUCAGGGAUACCACAGAAGAUGAUUCAGAAAUCAAAUGCAAAACACAAUUUCUUUCAAGACCCAGUGUUCCCAAAGAAGGCACUUCUUCUAUACGUAGAGUUGAAUUUGUAGAAGACAGACAAAACAUGUUUCUACAUGAUUCAGAAUAUCAUUCAACACCAGACAUAAAAACAGAUUUGUCACGUCAGAGGCUUGAUGGAGAAGAAAGUGACCUAAUGUUUGAUUUAGAAAGUUUCAGUAACUUGCUAACAGAUAACCUUCAUGAGUCUGAUCCACCAAUGUUACAAUCCUUUUUAAAAAACGUAUUUAAUGCUUUUUUCAAAUAUAAUCAGCCUGAAAGAAGACAACAACCAGAAAAGGAAUUAGAAAAUCUAAUUCAACAUUCUUUUCCAACUUACAUAGAACACGCUGAAGAAAUUCAAGGGGAUUCAGAUAAAGCAGACAGAUUAGACAGAAAAGCUGUUUUGAGUCCAAAGCUACGUGUGUUUCUAGAAGAACUCUCAGAGUCAGAAAUUAAAAAUUUAAAAUCUGAAUUGAGUAAACAUAUACAGCAUUAUCUUGUAGAAAGACUUUCAGAAUCGGGACAUAUCACCAAGGAGGAUUUACCAAAAAUCUACCAAAAUCUCUAUCUGAUGAAUGAGAAAGAACUGAAAGAACAAAAUGCUUUUCCAGGGAAAUAUUCAGAAACUGUUAAAGAAAUCAUGUCUUUUGUAAAUAAAUUUAAUCAUCAAUUCAUAGAUAAACAUUUAGAAAUAAAGCUAAGAUCUUUUUUAAAUGAAAUUCUCCAAAACUAUUUCCUUACAAACUUUGCAGAGAGCAGUUUAUUUAAUGAGACAGAAUCCAUGACUAUUCACUCAAACAUGACUUCUCUAAGAACCCAAAGUGCCUCAUUAUCUCCUCAUGAUAUUUCAAGGGGGAGUUUUGGUAGAAGGCUUGAAAUAAACAUGAAAUAUCCUUUAAAUCAACCUCUACAAAGCCUACUUAAAGCUUUAUCAGAAAAUGACUUCUUAAAUUUAAAAGAUGAUUUAAGCAAACAGCUCCAGAGACUUUUUAUAGAAAAGCUUUCAAAAUUAGGACUAAUGACAGAGAGGCAAUUAGAGGGGGUCAACGAGCAUGUAAGCUUAAGUGAUUCUGAUUCAAUACCAUUAAAAUAUAUAAAAACAGAUUUACCUUUCCGAGAUGAAAAUUACUUUGUGGGGGAGCAUUCAGAAAAGCAAAGUAAAUAUUCAAAACUUGGUCAAAACACUUUACCAAAGGUUUCUGAGGAUAAACGUAUCAGGCCAGAAUUGGUCAGAACUGAAGAAAAGGACUAUUCUUCUUUGAAAAAUUUAAAAGAGAAUCCAUCAACAAUUAGGGAACAGAAAAAUUAUUUCCCUGGAGAAGGAAUUAAAGCAAUAAGUUUAAUAAAAGUACAGCCUUCCAACAAAAAUAUCCAGGCUGUUCCAUUAAAUAAGUCAUCAGACAGAGCUACAGAUAUAUUGUUUAAGAAAUACAAGAAAGAACAUGAUUUCCUGCAAUUUCCUCGAGCAGAAAAUUGUAUUUAUACAACAGAGAUUCAAGACCCAUACAGUUGGGAGGGUAAAUCAAAAAUAGUUUCAUCAAAAGUUUGCUGUGAAAGGACAUUGAAAUUGAAGCCCUUUGAUAGAAAGGAGAACAUUAACAUUUGCAAAUUUACUGCUCAGGAAAAAACAGAAACAGUAUUGCCAUCGUAUUCAAAAAUUCCUAGUUGCAAAAUGCCAAGGGAAGAGGAAGAAUAUUUAAAUAGAUUCGCCUCCCCUUUCUGGCAGAAUAACUCUUUAUCUCACUUCAAUUUAGAGGCUGAAGAACAAUCGAAGUUAGACCUGUACUGUCAGAGAUUGAAAGGAAACAAUAACAACAAUAAAAAACAUUUAGUAACAGUCACACAAAAUGAAAGAGAAAUUCAAAAUCUUUCUAUAAGCCCAAAUGAAAUUUGCAAUGAAAAAUAUUCCAAGGUCCCCAAACCACAAUCCUUUAAAUAUAAAGAAAAUAAGAAAAAUUCAAAACCAUCCUUUUUCCCAGAAGUAUUAAAGAGAGAAAACAUAAAACCCAAGGUUCGAAAAGAAAAAGAUCAUGCCACCAAACCAAAAAAGUCACUUAACAAGGUAGUUAGGAUCCUACCAACCACGCUGCCUACUACAAGAAGUCAUUUAAGGAAAUCUGCACCAAGGACUUUGCUUCACUGGACUGCACGGAAGACUAUACACGAUUGUUCAGAUAGAUUUGAGGAUCUACAAGAGCCCUCAAUGCAGCAUCUUAAUAAAACAAAAUCAAGAGUAAGACUUUUAGCAAAGAGCCCAGAUGAUAGCCAUAUUCAGGCAAAACAAGCUGCAAGACCUUGUACUGCUCCAGAGCCUAACAAACGACGAGAAUACUACACUGGAAAAUUCACAAGUCCUCGAGUGGUUUCAUCAGGAUUAGCUAAUACAAAUGAUACAACCCCAGAUUAUGAAAUACAUAAAAUGCGAAAAAAAAAGAUUAAAAGAGGAUAUUGAAAAAUGUUCGCUCAUUUGUGAUAUUAUCCAAAUGUUAAAAAGUUCAGAAUGAUAUGUGAGGCCAACAGUCAGAAUUAUCACUUCUCCAUUAACAAAAUGGUUUGGAACUCUGUUCUUGUGUGUGAUAGAAGUUAGCAACCAAAUUCCAUCUUGUUAGAACCAUUUUGUUACAAUUAAAAUGAAAAAUAAACACAUUUGAUGUAAA